UCUAUCCGCGCAGCCCGACGCGACGCGAUCGCAAGCGGGUCGUUGUAGCGAGCGUGCACGAGCGGGGAGCCCUCGCGACGAGUUAAAGCCCGCGGGGAUCGCGGCACAAAGGACGGGGCGCUGAAACAAAGGCGCGCGCGCGGAGACGCUCCCAGAUUCUCUCGCAGAAGUCAGAACGCGUCUCUCGCCUCGCCCGCGGUCCUCGGAGAGGGAUGCUGAGAGGGAUGCUGGGCGGUCUCCCGCGCGUGCCCUCUCCUCCUCUCGACGAGACGCGAUGCUCGCCCUGAAUAGCUUUAUUUCGCUCCGAUACGGAAAGGCGCGACCGUCAUGAAAUUCCCGUUAGAGAACCCGAGGAAACAGGUGAACUGGGACCCCGAGCAAGUGGCUGUUCAGACGAACAUCGUCCCGCCGAAGAAGGUCCAGUCCGGCGCGGUCCAGUCCAGUCUGGUCCAGUCCAGCGUGGCAGCCAUGCAGAACCCGAUGGGCUGUGAGGUGAAGGCCAACGGUCACUGCGUCCUCCCGCGCCUCUCCAUCUCGUCCCGCUCGGCCAGCAUGGUGACGGGGAUGGACGCCGGAGCGGACGGGACCGCGCCGCACUCGGUCAUGAAGUGCAAGACGGUGGUGACCGUGUUUGUGGUGGUGGUGCUGUACCUGGUGUGCGGCGGCCUGGCCUUCCGGGCGCUGGAGCAGCCCUUCGAGAGCGACCAGAAGGACAGCAUCGCGCAGGAGAAGGCCCUGUUCCUGCAGAAGAACCCUUGCGUCUCUGCGGCCGAGCUCGAGGCCCUCAUCAAGCAUGCAGUGGAUGCGGUCAGUGCUGGGGUGAGUCCCAUUGGAGACACGUCCAAUAACUCCAGCCACUGGGACCUCAGCAGCGCGUUCUUCUUCGCUGGAACCGUCAUCACCACCAUAGGCUAUGGAAACAUCGCCCCCAGGACCGAGGGCGGCAAGAUUUUCUGCAUCCUUUACGCAAUAUUUGGCAUCCCACUGUUCGGCUUCCUCUUGGCCGGGAUCGGUGAUCAACUAGGGACCGUGUUUAUGAAGAGCAUCCUGAAGGUGGAGAAAGUUUUCAGGCAAAAACACAAGCAAAUCAGUCAGACCAAAAUCCGCGUCACCUCCACCAUUCUCUUCAUCAUCGCCGGCUGCAUCAUUUUUGUCACCAUCCCAGCGGUGAUUUUCAAACACAUCGAGGGAUGGAGUACUCUGGAAGCCAUUUACUUUGUUGUAAUUACUCUCACAACCGUCGGCAUCGGAGAUUACGUAGCAGGUGGCGAUCGAAAAAUAGAAUACAUGAAAUGGUACAAGCCUCUGGUCUGGUUCUGGAUUUUGGUGGGUCUGGCCUAUUUCGCUGCGGUCCUCAGCAUGAUUGGAGACUGGUUCAGGGUUCUGUCCAAGAAAACAAAAGAAGAGGUCGGGGAGUUUAAGGCCCACGCGGCAGAAUGGAAGGCAAAUGUUCGCGCAGAGUUCCGCGAGACCCGGCGGCGCCUCAGCGGCGAGAUCCACGACAAACUUCAGCGGGCGGCCACCAUCCGCAGCAUGGAGCGCAGGCGUCUGGGUCUGGAGCAGAGGGCGCAUUCGCUGGACAUGCUGUCGCCUGAAAAACGGGCCGUCUUCGCCAGCCUGGACGCCGGGCGCUUUAAGACCUCCUCGCAGGAGAGCAUCGACACUAAGCUGAACAACCUGCGGCUGAAGGCCGAGCGCGGCGAACAGCAGGCGUCCUCCGACGAAAACAUCUUCAACCGCUUCGGCUCGCUCACCAAACUGGCCAAGCGCAACCGGAGCAGAGACCUGCGCAGGAACAUCCCAGAAGACGGCAGCAGGCUGGGAGACGUCCUCAGCGGCAUCAGCAGCAACAGCAGCAACGUCACUCUGGGAGAGGAGAGGAGAGAAGACGAGGAGGAGGUGGAGGAAGAGAAAACGGCGACGGAGGCCGACACCGGCUUCACGUGUCUGCCUCACUACCCCGAGGAACCCAAACAGCAGAACGGUUUCGCACCGGCUCAGGCCAAAGAACAAGAGCGAAAUAAAAGACUGGAGCAGAAGGAGCAUCAACCGUAGGCAGACAGUGACGGGGUGAAAACGUGCCUUCGUGUUUUGUAAGCUGCGGCUCGACUCGUUACGAUCAAGUGCAGUUGAUUUUCACUGUGACUAAUGACAAGUUGCCAAAAAAAGGUGAGAAGACAUGGAGAGCUCAAGGAAUACAGGCUGACAUCACCUUAAAGAGACAGUUCACCUAAAAAAAAGAAAUUCUGCGGGUGAUUGCUGCUGCCUGGUCUCACGGGUGCGUUAAAAUAUGUACCAACAAGUACAUAUUACUGCAGUUUCCAAAAGAAAUGAACACCGGAAACUACGAACACAUUGAGCUUCGAUUAAUAAAGCGUAACGAUUAGAUUAAGAAUAUCGUGUUAUGACUUCAAAACAAUAUUAAUAUGCUGGGAGAUUUGAAAACGGAUGCUUUUGAACGUUAGCUUCGCACAUAUCCGGCUUCUUAUCUAUGUGUUCAAACAGAUGACGACGGGCUCCGGUUCAAUCCCAUGUAACCACGCUUCAACAAAACAGAUCAAAUCUGAGUGAAAGGAAGCUGAAAUGACACGGUUGCCUCAGCAAAUACCUUUUUUGAUAUCAGUUUUGCUUUUGUUAACGCUAUCGGGUAGGUUUAGGGUUUGAUUUGGUGUAGGACAUAUAUCAAACGUGAUAGAGCGUUAACUUUUAGCAACAGUCCCCCGAUAUUUCAAUCCUGAACCGCCGCAAUACACACCUAUAUCAACGUGAUUAAACGCGCCAGGGUUCACGUAUUGAAGCUGUGUUUUAGAGCCACUCGGUGGACAUUUCUCUUUGAAACCGCAGCGAAACCUACAGUAAUGUAUGUCAAAAAAAGUGCACAGUGGUACAUAUUUUUAUGAGACCAGGUUGGUUUACUCACCCUCAUGUUGCCAAACCUGCAUGAAUUCCUUUCUUCAGAAAGCUCCAAAAAUGACUACUAAACACCGUAAAAGUACAGUAACAAUAAACUGUAUGACUCACAAUGAUUUGUGCGAGGAACUCAAACUGAAAACUUUGCAAAUUACAAAAACACUCAAUUGCUAAUAUUGAAUUAGGUGCUACAUGCCAUUUUUCGUUGGAAUGAGAUCGACGGAAGUGACGAUUUUUGUCUUUUUGGGAGCUUACUAUUAAUCCAUUCAUAUUAUUAUUAAUAUUUAAAAAACCUCCUGCAAUAACAUCUGCUUUAGUCAGUUCAGCCACUGAAAAAGCAACGGAAACGGGUUUGACGUGACAUGAGGUUGCGUAGAAUGUCAGAAUUUUGUCUUUUUUAGAUGAACUAUACCUUUAAAAUGCAUUAUUUAUUUUCUUUCGAACUUCAAGACUGAUUAUUCAUCGUAGAACUGUCACCAGAGACUUCCUGAAGGACUUUUUCUGCUCUUUUCAAAGAUGUGUUAUGGAUUACCAAAAGUCUUUUUUGCUGUAAAUCGUGAUGUCUUUUGGAAAGCAAAUCUGCAUGAAUAUAAACCGCUGCUCAGAUCAGUCUGUCAUCUGUGAUGGCCAAUCACAAACCUCUAUCAAACACUCAUUUAUUCAGUCUGGCUAAAAAUUGGACUCAUUCUCAAUAACCUUUUAAAUUGCGAAGCCGGUUUUUAAACGACAUUGAUUUUAUAGCUGUUUGGUGAAAUGCUGCAUUCACAGUGAACUAUAUAAACAUAUCAAACCCCCAGAAAAUGACUGGAAUCAAAGCCAUAUUGAUGAUAUUCAAUAAGAGUGAAACCCAUUUUACUAGAAGUGACCCCAAAAAGAGUGAGACACUGAAACCACACGUAAGAAUGUGUGAAUAUCAUUGCAUUAAGCAAUAUAACAUAUCACAGUAAUUUUUUUUCCAUAAAGGAAGAUGCAUCCUUUACAAAACAUAUCACAAACACUUUGUACCAUUUUAAAUGAUUAAUGAACAAUGCAUCUAGUGAUUAAGAAAAGAAUGACAAUUAAAAACAAUGAGAUCCGCAAAUUGGUAUCAACGGUAAAAUUACAGUAAAGUUGUUUUACAUUAACUUUAUUUGGUAAAACAAAUUGUUGCAUAAGAACUUUUAAUUAGUCUUUAAGUAGCAAAAUUAGAUGCAUAUCAUGUUUUUAUAAUUCUGGUAUUGUUUGACAAAUGCUCUUUUAUUUUUCAGAGACAGAUUGUUUUUUAAAUACCUUUUUGGGGUUGCUGUAAAUCCAGUUAUUCCAUUAUCGCCACAAAACUUUCACCUCAUAUCAAUUUAUAUACACCCCAGCCUUUUUGUAACCCACAGAUCAGUCUUCCACUGUAAUUCAAAAAUACGGUAAAAACGUGUGAAUGCAUAAGUAAAACAUUAUUGACUUUUUUGAUCCACAACAGUGAAAGCAAAUGCAUACGAAACUGUACAUUUCAGCUAAGACAGCAUGCAAUAAUGGUGUUGAUCAUGUGAUGCUGAUGUAAACGUCACAGUGAUGUGAGCUGGAUCUCGAAAACAUUACGGUAAUCUUAGUCAUGCUCUGUGUUGUCAUGGUGAUCACAUUAACGGUUGUGCAAACAUUACAUCAAAUGUAAUGAGUGCCUUUGGGAAAAUAAAUCAUGAAAUGUG